AUGUUUUAUUUUUGCCUAGUGAAAUAUCCAACACGUCUAUCUGUGUGUUUGGUACUCAUAUAUAUCCUCUCUGUUUGUCUUGGCACAUCAGAGGAUAUAAGAUCAAAGAAAAAGAGUGGUAAGCCCAUGUUGUUCAGUGUUAGUCUGGAUUUAAAUUUCAUCUGUGUUGAAGUCGCAUCCCAUUGUCCUUUCGAAGGAAACAUUGAGAGUUUAUAAAUUUGUGAUAUUUUGACCAUUUCCUAAUGUACGUGACACCUGUAUCCUACGUAGACAGCACAUCAUGUACUGAUCCCACUAAGUGAAUUUCGUUAUUGAAACCAAUUAAUUGGUCAUGUUUUAUAAAGGUCACGG